GGAUGUGUCUAUUCCCGCUCCCUACAUUGUCUCAGAUUGUCCGAGUUCGGCCUGUAUCCUGAAGACGCAGAGCCGUUUAUUUUUAGCAGUGCGUCUGCAAAGUGCAGAGUCGGAGUGAAACUCAGGCGUCCAUUGAUGCGGGCUCCCGACAGCCAUGUAUAACUUCCUAUGCAAUAGUGUGCAGUGCACCCCUAUUAUAAAUACCAGCCGUUUCCCCUGCAUCGAGGCAUCGCGACAAAGCAAGCACCUGCAAGACAUUGCAACCUCGAUCGCAUCUUGCCAGUAAUCAUCUGCGUACUACUCCCAUCCUCACCAUGAACACUCUCCUAUUCUUGACAUCCCUGGCCGGCGCCGCCCUUGCGCAGAACGCCAGAAUCGGACUGCCCGAGGCUGGCCACUCCCUCAAGGCUGGAGAAGAACUUAUCGUUCAAGUGCAACGUCCUAACUCCCUAACAGGAUCCCAAGAGGUUGGCGUCGCCAUUGGCAUACAGUCCUGCGCAAAUGGCCCCUGCCAUCCUCCCAAAGACGCCAUGGGCCAGAUCCUGUACAACGGGCCUUUCAAGCCGGUCUAUCAUGAGCAUAGUCUUCCUCCCUACGAGAACUUCACCGUUACCGUGCCUGACUCGGUCGCGAGCGGCGAAGCGGUGAUCGGCGUGGCGCAUGUGUCGCUUGUUGGCGCUGGGCCUUUUCCGUUUUUGGAGGUUUUGGAUCAGAAUGUCAAGGUUGCGUGAUGUUGUUCUCGUCAUGUAUGUUCGAGCGUAGGAGGUAGGGGUGGAACUGUGUAAAAUCUAAUGUGAUCGGAUACCUUCAAAUUCUGGAUAGUUUCAUUGCUCUAAAGGCAUGCGGUAAUGAGAAA